AUGAACGUUGACCAAUGCCAGUGGCCGACGAAGAUGAUGGGUAGGGGAGUGGACGGAGGUUGCGGUGCUGAAGAGAAGCCUUACCGACCAUUUCGCAGGGCUUCGAUUGAGAAGGAGAAUGGGAUUAAGAGCUCCGAGGAUAAGGCUUCGCCGGGAAUCGAUUUGUUAGCUCAGGCGAGCAAAAACCUCUCCGAGAGGUCUCCGUAUGAUGUUUCCGAAGAUGGUUCGACUGUGGGGGUGAGUGUGCCUACUCUACCCAUUGCGUUAGCUAAUUUGCUGAACCAAACGGAUAACAAGAAGCGGCAGAAGAAGUCUCACGCUGGGGCGGAGAAGAAGAAGAAGAAGUCUUCUAGGCAAGGGGAGAAGCUGAGAACUGGGAGCAUCUGGGUUGAGCAUCAUGACUACUUUAGGCGCUUGGAAUUGCCUGAUUUAGAAACUUUGUCAGAUUUAGCAUCUCUGAGAUCUUUAUCCUCUGGAAAUUGCUUUUCAAUUCCUUCUGUGGAGUACGAAUCCGUUAGUCUUCAGCAGAGGGAAACUGAUGCCAGUGCGAAGAAUGAGGAUGUUGUUAUGGAAGAACUUAAAAACUCUCUCAGGAAAGAGAUAUCUGAAGGCGCAGUAAAGAAAGAAGAGGUAAACGAGGAUGUUGAGGAGCCAAUGAAUGUUGACAGUGUGGGAGAUGAAGUCUCCUCUGGGUCAGACUGUUCCGGUAGUUUAGAAUGGGUUUUAGGGUGUAGAAAUAGGAUUUUGUUGACAUCGGAAAGGCCCUCUAAAAAGCGGAGGCUUCUUGGUGGUGAUGCAGGUCUGGGAAAAUUGAUAGUUGCCACUCCUUGCAAAGGGAAUGCAUUGUUAUGUGAUUUUUGUUGCACCCGUGGUGAUGCCAAGGGAAAGCAUCACCAGUUGAUUUCGACCUCAAGUUUCGUAAAUGUGGCUCUCAUUGCUUGCCUAUGCUUGGCCCGGGAAUGCGACUAUGGGAAGCAGUUAGUGCCUAGUGGUGAUGCGAUGCAAUGCGAUUGUGGUCAUAUUGGGAGAAUUGUUAGACGUUAUCAAAGGCAGAUGAACAGUAAUGGCUGA